AUGUAUAAUCUGAUGAAACUUUUCCUUUCACUCUGUAUCUUCUUUGGAGGAAUCAAUCAAGUAAUAUGUUCAAAUCAGCUAUCUGGACCAAACAAAAGUCCGAAGCUCUUUGUGUUCGGAGAUUCAUAUGCGGAUACGGGAAACGCGAAGCAAGAUGCAGAGUCUUGGAUCUCCCCUUACGGUAUAACUUUCCCCGGUAAACCUUCCGGCCGUUAUUCUGAUGGUCUCACCUCCACCGAUUUUCUAGCAAAUACUUUGGGUGCAGAAUCGCCGUAUCCAUGGAGAAGUCACGGGAGAAAGAAACUUAGGUUAAAACGAGGAAUGAAUUUUGCGUCCGGAGGGUCAGGAGUGUUUUCGGCUGAUCCACUGCCUAAUUUGACUGCUCAGGUCACUUUCAUGGCUGACCUUCUCCACGCCCGCCGUGUCUACGCUCCGGAAGAUAUUCAUCCCUCCGACGUCUCUUUCAUUAGCUACGCCGGAGGCGACUAUUUUGAUUUCAUCCUCCGAAACCGCCCUGCCGCUGAUUUGAAAGCAUUCAUAGAGAAAGUCAUGGAUAAUUUGUACGUUAGAAUGAAAUCAUUGGGAGAUCUGCUAUUUAAGAAGAUAGCAAUAUCAUCGCUGCAGCCGAUUGGAUGCAGCCCCUUUUUCUCCGCUGCAUCCUCAUACAAGAGUUGCAACGAGUCAUAUAGCGAAUUGGUGAAAGUCCACAACAAUUCGUUGAAAAAAGUCGUAGCCAAGCUUAACCAAGACUCGAGGCUUAGGAAGAAGGGGCAGCAUUACUUUAUCAUUGAUAUUCACAACGCUUUCAUGACCAUCUUGCACAACAAAGGAAGCACAAGGUUUAGAAACCCAUUGGAGCCGUGCUGCCAAGGCGCUUGUGCGCGUGUGGAUCCUAAAGGUGCGAAGAUGUAUACCUUAUGUGAUGAUCCUAAGUCUUCUUUCUUUUGGGAUAUAGUUCACCCUACCCAAGAAGGAUGGAAAUUGGUUUACUCGGUAUUAGGAACCCUUUAA